AUGGCAGACGCGGUCACUCGACGACUGUUAAAAGAAUUAAGAGACUUUCAAAAAGAACCCAACCCUGAUUUGGUAGAAUUAGCACCUACCCAAGAUGACGAUAUUCUCGUUUGGCGAGCAACCGGCGAAAUAUGCCUGGAUAUUUUGAAAUCGGCGUGGAGUCCUGCAUGGACGUUACAAUCCGCUUGCAUGGCGAUUCGAUUGCUACUGUCGACUCCUGAACCAAACAGUCCUUUGAAUUGUGAUGCAGCAAAUUUAAUUCGUUGUGGAGAUAAAAUGGGCUAUGAUUCACUCGUGAGAAUGUAUACACAGAUUUAUGCGAUGGACCCAAGAAUUGAGAAUGGCGAAUCAUUAUCAUGA